AUGACGGAAGUUGUUGAGCGAAUGAAAGGAAAACGCGUUGUUCGGCCGAUCGUAUAUGGAAACACCGCCACUUCUUUCGGUUACAAGCGAGAAUCAGAUCAGCACACCCAUCAGUGGACAGUAUUUUUGAGGUUUUUUUUUGAACUCAUUCUUGAUUUUCCUUCGAUAAGAAAUGAUGUGUAAAAGUUUUAGAGGUUUAUUUUUAUGGUUAUCGCCGAAUAUUUUGAUUUAUUGUAGAACUUUUAAUGCCGAAGAUCCGACAAAAUUCAUUCGAAAAGUGCAAUUCAAACUACACGACAGUUACGCGAACAGCACGCGAGGUGAGGUUGUAAAUUUUUUGAAUUUUGAAGAAAUCUUUUCGAAGUGGUCGAAAAGCCGCCAUACGAAGUCGUAGAAACGGGAUGGGGAGAGUUCGAAAUUCAGAUCCGUAUUUAUUUCAUCGAUCCCAACGAGAAGCCGGUAUUUUUUAAUCGCAGUUUUUUUGAAUUUUUCUUUAAGAUUACUGCUUUCCAUUACCUGCGACUAUUCCAACCUCUCGUGACAAUGCCAAAUGGGAAACAACAAGUUAUCGCUGAAUAUUUUGAUGAAAUAGUUUGUUUUCAAGAAGGAAGAAGAUAAUUAUUGCUAGUUUCCAGAUUUUCCAAGAGCCAACGGUGCCGAUGUACAAAGCUUUAACGGCAGGAGAGGGGAAGAAGCCCGAUGUGAAGCGAUUUCACAACGAUUGUCAGUUUUUUUCUUUCAAUUUUUCAACUGCUCUAGUCACGAAUUCAGUUCAAUAAUAAUUUCUAAAAACCGAUUUAAAAAAAGAAGUUGAGGCUUCCAAAAAGCAGAGCAAGAAGCUUUCAAGUAGAUUCGUUAUAAAAAUAAAAUAAAAGAAUUGUUUAUCAGGUAUGUUUCUUUUUCAAGAUCCGAUAGUUGAAAAAAAGUAAUAAUUUAAUUUUGUCAGUACUGCAAGUCUGCAACCGGAGUAUAGAAAUCGGACAAGCGGCCCGCGACGAAAUCGCAGCAGAAAUCGAAGAUUUGCGGGAAGCUCUGCGAGAAGCGCACAAACUGAUGGUCCGGCACAAAGACGAGGUCCGCAACUCUUUUUUUUCCAUCUAAAAGAUACCAUUUUCAGCUGGAGCAAAUCCAGGACGCGAGCGAGACCAUAUCGACGAAUGGCGCUCUUUAA